UUGGGACAUGGUUGCCUCCCGGGCGUGAGCCAGGUGCACAUCUCUGGAUUAGGAUUCCGUUUUUUUCCAAAUGCAAAAGUGUUUUCUUUAUCUGCCUUCAUCAUGAAACCUAGUUUGAACAUUCGAACAUAAAAGACUGCCUCGUUGACAACAUGACCGAACAUCGCAGAUUACUGUUCGAUUAGAGGACGCUUUUCUGCCUCACCGUCACAGGCCAAACCCAUGUGCACCACGGCUCAGCUUAAUCGAACUUCCUCAGACAACGACCAAUAGAGAAUUAUAUCCUAAAAGAGUGAAUACCUACUUUUCGGACAUUUCCGGUAGUGCUUUCACAACAUCCAAGAUGGCGGCCAUCCUCGUUUCGUACUGGAGGGAUUCAGAUAAUGAGACCAAAUCUCAUGUUAAUCCUGAAAAGGUUGACCCCGAUGCUCUGGCACAUCUUCAACAGUUGAAAUCUGGCAAAACAAUGUCACUGACUGUCCUCAAUUCAGCUCCUGAGGUCGCCGUAAAGGAGGCUGUGGAGACUGGCGUACAUCUGGACCCCUCUCUCAAAGAGGUCACCUACAACCCCACAUAUGAAACCAUGUUUGCGCCAGAGUUCGGUCCUGUCAACCCAUAUAAAAGUCAACAGGUGGCUGCACCCAGGAAUUUGCUGUCUGGCUAUGCAGAGCCUGCUCACGUCAACAACUUUAUGUUUGAACAGCAGAGGAGGACCUUCUCCACCUUUGGCUAUGCUCUGGAUCCGUCUGUGGAUACAAGUCAAAACUCCUCCAAUAGCUACAUUGGUGCAGUGGAAGAGGCAGAGAAAAAUAAAGGAUUGACUGUGUUUGAGGUUGGCCCAAAGAAGACUGACAAGAGGAAAAAGGUGCAAGGAGGUGAAGCGAAUAACAUUCACAAUUACCUCGGGCCCUGGGCGAAAUACGUGGAUGAAAAGGACGGCGCCAAACCAUCAGAGGAGGAACAGAAGGAGCUGGAUGAGAUCACAGCCAAGAGGCAGAAGAAGGGAAGGAACGAGGAAGAGGCUCUGGCGGAGGAGAAGACCAUUCUCCAUGUCAAAGAUGCGUACGACUACCAGGGGAGGUCAUACCUCCACGUACCCCAAGACGUGGGCAUCAACCUGCGUACUGCAGACAUCCCAGACAAGUGUUACCUGCCCAAGAAACAGAUCCACCUCUGGUCUGGACACACCAAGGGGGUCAGUGCUAUCCGUCUGUUUCCUGUGUCAGGUCACCUGCUGCUCUCCUGCUCUAUGGACUGUAAGGUCAAGUUGUGGGAGGUGUAUAACGAGAGGAGGUGCAUACGGACAUUUAUCGGCCACAGUAAAGCAGUGCGGGAUAUUUGCUUCAACAACACUGGGUCUCAGUACAUGAGUGCAGCCUACGACCGCUACCUCAAACUUUGGGACACCGAGACGGGGUCGUGCAUCUCCCGCUUCACCAACAGAAAGGUGCCAUACUGUGUCAAGUUCAAUCCAGACGAGGACAAGCAGAAUCUGUUUGUGGCUGGCAUGUCUGAUAAGAAGAUUGUUCAGUGGGACGUGAGGACAGGAGAGGUGGUUCAGGAGUAUGACCGUCACCUGGGAGCGGUCAACACCAUCACAUUUGUGGAUGAGAACCGCCGUUUCGUCAGCACGUCUGACGACAAGUCCCUCCGCGUGUGGGAGUGGGACAUUCCCGUGGACUUCAAGUACAUCGCAGAGCCCAGUAUGCACACUCUAAAUGAUAUUGUAUUUUCUCCCCUCGUAGGUAAGUGUCAGGCCUGUCAGUCCAUGGACAACCAAAUCCUGAUCUUUGGAGCCCAGAACCGUUUUCGUCUGAACAAGAAGAAGAUAUUCAAGGGCCACAUGGUGGCUGGCUACGCCUGCCAGGUGGACUUCUCCCCAGACAUGAGCUAUGUGGUGUCUGGCGAUGCGGAUGGGAAGCUGAAUAUCUGGGACUGGAAGACCACCAAGCUGUAUCACCAGAUCAAGGCCCACGACAAGGUGUGCAUCAGCGCCCUGUGGCAUCCGCAUGAGACCUCCAAGGUCAUCACCUGUGGCUGGGACGGACAGAUCAAACUCUGGGACUAGAAACAUGGGGGUGGGGGGUGCAGGGGGACUCCCUCUCUUUAGGGGGAGAGGUGGUCUUUCUGUCAUGUAUUUUCCAUAAUUUAAUGGCAGCCAUAGGGCUGGUAUCCAGUCCUGUUUUAACUCAGUAUAUAUUUCUACCCCAUCUGAAGAGGGGACACCGGUGGAUUGAACUUUGAACUGGUGAUGUUGAUGAAGAGUUGUAUACAUUUGAAGUUGGAAGUUUACAUAGGCUUAGGUUGGAGUCAUUAAAACUUGUUUUUCAACCACUCCACAAAUUUCUUGUUAACAAACUAUAGUUUUCGCAAGUCGGUUAGGACAUCUAUUUUGUGCAUGACCCAAGUAAUUUUUCCAACAAUUGUUUACAGGCAGAUUAUUUCACUUAGAAUUCACUAUCACAAUUCCAGUGGGUCAGAAGUUUACAUACACUAAGUUGACUGUGCCUUCAAACAGCUUGAAAAAUUCCAGAAAG